UAAGCUCCGGUAUCAGAUGUCGAUACUAUCGGAGUCUGUAGGAUGAAAGGGUGGAGACUCGAAAGUGGUUGAACCAGACCAGCUACAAGAGUUGACCAGCCAGCGGCGAAUCUGGCCAAAGCCUCGCUAUUUCAUUUUCAUUGACCAUUUCCCCCCUCUAGGCUUGGUUUUUAAUCCUUUUCAUUUGGAUUUAUGCUGGAGGCCGCAAAAGCCUCGGAGUAGAUUUAGCGACACUGGAAGCCGAGCGCCAGGAGUUGUUCGCAGGAUUGUGGGGAAUGUCUCGUAAAAUGUGCUUGGAAUAUUUGGUCAUUUUGAAUACUUUGUUGGGGUUUUAGUGUAAAUUCAAUUCAGUUUAGAUUAUAGCUAAAAGUGGGUUUAUUAGGGAGUUAUGAAAAGUUUAGAAGACACGCUAACUAGUUAGCUAACCGAUAUAAAUGCAGCAAAACUACUUGAUGAUGAUAUUUUAGUAGAUUGAAUGAAUGAACGAGAGAACAAGCGAUUGUUCGGGUCAAAAUAACCGUACUGUCAUUUAAAGAUCACUUUCGCUGAAGUCGGUACCGUUUGUUGUUCUGGGCGAACGCCUUUCGGUGACUGUUCGUCUUUUGCACGGCUCAUCAAAUGGGCAGGAAUGAAAUUCCAGGGAGUUGGUGGACAGCGGGGUUUUAGCACUCAGCCUUAGCGUUGAGCUCGUACUAACUGGCUGUCUGGUAAUGUGAAUUAGACAGAGGGAAGCUAACUUUAGCUCACGACUGAUAUAUGUACUGCUCGGACUUGGCUGCAAUCGUGUGAAGCUUACGCCCAGUUUGGAAUGGGGAAUACAGUGUCAUGCUGCGUCUCUCCCGAGUCGAGCCCCAAACUACCGUCAAGACAACCCGCAGAGCGGCUAGAGGAGAUCCAGACCAGCACCGAAGUGAGCGAUGAUAACACCGUGCCCUACCUGCAACAUAUAAGCGACAGAGAGGUUCCUGAUGAGCUAGCCUUGGAGUCAAACCCAUCAGACCAUGCACAAGCAAGCACCAUCUUUCUAAGCAAGUCCCAGACAGACGUUCGAGACAAGAGGAAAAGCAACCACAUAAACCAUAUCAGUCAUGUAUCUCCUGGUUUGAUGUCAAAGAAGUACAGCUCUUGUUCUACCAUCUUCAUAGAUGACAGCACCGUCAGCCAGCCAAACCUCAAAAGCACAAUCAAAUGUGUCACUUUAGCGAUAUACUACCACAUCAAAAAUAGGGACUCGGACAAGUCGCUGGACAUCUUUGAUGAGAAGUUGCACCCUUUAUCAAGAGAGCCAGUACCAGACAACUACUCGUACGUGGACCCGGAACACAAGCUGAUCUACCGCUUCGUCAGAACACUCUUCAGCGCUGCACAGCUCACCGCCGAAUGUGCCAUCGUCACACUUGUAUACCUGGAGCGCCUGCUAACUUACGCCGAGCUGGAUAUCUGCCCGGCCAACUGGAAGCGCAUCGUCCUCGGAGCCAUCUUACUGGCCUCUAAAGUCUGGGAUGACCAGGCCGUGUGGAAUGUUGAUUACUGCCAGAUCUUAAAAGACAUCACCGUAGAGGACAUGAAUGAGAUGGAGCGCCAUUUCCUGGAACUUCUACAGUUCAAUAUUAACGUGCCAGCCAGUGUCUAUGCCAAGUACUACUUCGAUCUGCGGCAGUUAGCUGACGACAAUAACCUCAGCUUCCCCUUGGAGCCCCUCAACAAUCAACGUGCCCAGAAACUGGAGGCCAUUUCAAGACUGUGUGAAGACAAGUACAAGGACUUGUGUCAAGCGGCCAUGAGACGAUCCCUCAGCGCUGACAACCUGAUAGGAAUCCGAUUCUCCAACGCCGUGCUCUCGUAGACGACACUACCGGCCUCUUCCCUCCGAUCUGCAAAGUCUAUAUAACCCACAGCCAGCUGUGACGCUACGGUACCAUAGCAACCACGUCAGGCAGCGUUCCGGCUCAAACAGUCUCUUAACUGUUCUGGUGCUCCAUGUUCCACCUGUAGAGGUCUGUGAUUGUUAAACUUGAAACAAUGGAGUUUUUUUUGUUUUGUUUAUUUAUUCUCCCAAAUUUUCAAAGAGAAGUAGCGAAGCAGUGAAGGAGUUAAUGAAUGUUGGAUUGGAUACGUUUGAAUCGCCAUGAAAGUUUUCUAUUUAAAAAUGUUCUUAUCAGACCGAUUAGAGUUAAAGGUGUUGUGCUGUAGUUAUUGUUGACAGACAACCUUUGUUUUUUGUUUUUCAUAUCCACUCAUUCUGUGGAAACGCAAUGCUUUUUCGUACUCGUUUGAUUAGAAAAAAGAACGUAAAUGUCGAGUACUGAGUAUGAAAAAACAGCAAAUGACUCCAGGAGUUCCUGUGUUGCACACUUAGCAGUGUUUCUGACACUUCUACCAAACUGUGACGAUCACCACAGCUCCAGUGUUUAAGGUGAGAAGCCAAAUAUCAAAGAAUCAACCAUGUUGCGGAAGUUAAAAUAGUGUUUUUAACACCAAAAUCAUUUGUUUGGAAGACACCCAUUUUUCUCGUUUAAGAUUGUGUUUACAUUUAGUUUUACGAGCAGCCCACAGAAAUGCCUCAAAGUCCUUAGAGGUUUUGUUCAGGCUACUUUGACAUCAAGCGUAAAUAUGCUGCAAGACAGUCAGUGUUUAUCCUGCACAAGUAUUUCUUUUCAAGUAGUGCCUUGUAAGCGCAAGUCCGUUCAUAAAUGACAAUGAAGGCUGUUUAAAACAACAAAGAUUCUUCUUCUCUUCCAUCAGAGGAUGCCUGUCAGUUUUUAUUUUAUUUUAGGAAAUAUCAAUCUAUGAAAACAAAUCUGAACUCGUCAUUUGGACAUUUUUUGUUGUUGUUUGUUUUGAAAAGCAAGUUGUUGUUUUUGUUGGGGUGGGGGGGUAGUCACAGAAUGCAUGUUAAACGUGUAUAACCGAAUACAGUUACACGUUGAAAUGGUGGAAAGUGCACAGAAAAUCUGAGUUCACGCAAAAAAGUUUUUCUCCUAAAGUUUGUUUUUCAAAAUGAAUGAAAUGUUAAAAAAAAAAAGCCAGUUCAAUCCUUAAUGUAUUGGCAUGAUUAAUGCUAAUUGUUUUUUUUUUUCUUUUAAAUUAGAUUUCAUACCAAGCGUUUCUUUGGAGGUGGUAAAGCAGAUUUUACUGUCCAUAGUAGGGAAAUGUUGGUUUUGUUUUAGUACAUUUUUACCUGUUUGAAUCGAGCAAAUGGCAUGUUAGAUGUAACAAAGGUAUUUAACUGUUCACAGAUGUUGGCUGAGGUAAACAAAACCCUCUGUCAUCUUUUGUGUGUCAGGGAGUCCGAGGUGCCAAUUGGGAUUGUCGUCACAUUAUAUUUUCACACACACACACACACGUGUAUGACAGGAAAAAAUACGACACUCUACAGAAAGAUUUCAGAACAACUUGAAUGGCUCUGUGUGUCUGUCUGGCUCACACAAUACCUGUCCAGUCAGUCCGAUAUGAGUGUGGAACCCCUCAGACCCUGUUGGUUAGACUUCUUCAAAGAUCCUGCCGGCAUUAUCAUCCCAAGCCCAGAAUGCCCUCUAUGUCUGUACACACUAGAGGAAGAACAAAGAGGAGAGGAGACCGAUGGACACAGCCCUCAUUUUGCUUACUGUGUAGGCUACUAGUACGACAUGUGUCUUCUUUUUAAUUGAAAGGAAAAAUGAUUUGCAAAUGGAGUAUUUUAAAUAAACACUAAUCACGUUGCAAAGA